AUGGAAAACAAAACUGAUGACAUAAAUGGAAUGGGAGAAAAUGAUACAUAUUUUUGUCGCGGGGAAGUUAAAUUUAUUCAGUCCCAUAUUGUAGUCAUCGGUUUGCCAUUGAUUUAUUCUAUAAUAUUCGUCAUAGGAGUGAUAGGCAACGGCUUGGUGAUUUCGGUGAUCUGCAAGUCGACACGACUGAACGUUUUAUUCUUAAAUCUUGCCAUUGCCGAUUUGCUUUACUUGAUCAUUUGUCUCCCAGUACAAGCGUUACGCUUCGCAACAGAAUACCGAGUCUCCUUAACGCCGCCGGUGUGUAAAAUUGCAUACUUUUUCGUGUACACCACUCAAGGGGUUAGUGUAUAUUGUUUAGUUUUUAUAUGCGCGCUACGGUUCGUGGCUGUUAAAUGGCCCCUGCAUUGCAAAAACUUUGUCAGCAAGAGCUUCACGACGAAGGUUGCAGCUCUAGUAUGGGUUGGAAUGAUAAUAGCAAAUUUUCCACUUUUCUUUUAUUUCGAGGAAAGCAAAGGGAAAUCUUGUGGUCUGUCACAGAACAUGACAGAUGCUGAUGGAUAUUUCUACUACGUGUUAGUAUUUGGCCUGGAUUUCAUCUUCCCCGUUUUGGUAAUCGGUGCUUUCUCUAUUGGAAUCAUGGUGGUUAUCCGCCAACAGGAACGCGCUAUCGCAGCUGCCCUUGGCUCAGAAGAUUCAGCGCCUGCCGGAAUGUCCCCUUCGGAUACCCGACGACUAACAGCAAUCGUUUUCGCCGUCUUAGUGCUCUUCGUUGUAUGCUGGGGAGAUUUUUACCUCUUCUAUAUCUUAUUCAUAGCACAGGUAUAUAAUCCUGUGUGUCCGACAGGGGCUUGGUUCUGGCUUCAUUUUUUGUCUCAGGUGCUACCGGUCACAAAUUCAUGUUUAAAUCCAAUUCUGUAUAAUUUUGUUUCCACAGAAUUCAGGGCUGCGUUCAAACGGCGGUUUUCUGGACCAACGAACCAAAGCACUGCAAGAACCUCGACUUCCUUUUUGUGA